CUUCCUCUCGACAGCCCAUGUCUGUAAAUUCACUGAUGUCGUCGUCGAAUGAAAACCUCGAGUGAUGGAUGCUUCAGUGGGACUCUAGGAGAGAGCAAGGGCGCGGAGGUGAGAGCGAGCGAGCACAGAACAGUCGGCUUCGCAGAGAGCGAGUGCAUCGACUGCCGUAGCCUUCCUUUGCCUUCCCGCGAUUAGCCCACCCUCAGACACUGGCUGUCACAAUCUCGACGCCAUGAAACUCACAUGCGAGAGUCAAAUCAGAAGCCCUGGUCAGUGCUCCUCGUCUCAACCACUUGCAAGAGUUCCGGUUGGCGUGCACAAAGCAUAAAAUCCUUAACUGCUUGGCCUGCACUUUCCAUGGUGGCGCCGACGUGAGACCGAGACAGUGCUCGAGGAUAAUGCACGAACGAACCCUCCGUUUCUGCACACUCACCUGGAAUCGAGCGUCUGCCCCAUGGACGAAAUUGGAUCGAGACAUGAGUUUCAUUUCUCUGAUGCUGAGGAGGAAUGAUGUGGUUCAUGAGACAACGAGACAACGAGCGAACAGGCGACGAUAGAGAAUGCAGAAAACGGGAUCGGACCAUUACAACACGCGGCAGAGCCCUGACGAUGUGCGAUUCACGAAAACGACGAUUGACUUGAAUUUUCCCGGUCAGCAUGAGCUCGAGAACAUUUACGAUGUUUUGAGGGCACUGGAGCUGAAGAUCCUGCAGCCACGAUCUCUGCCCAGUCUUCGAAUCUUUCUGCACGACAACCGGCUGUGGACGAUCGAUAACAAACUUCUGUACAUCUACAGAAUCUCGCCCAAAGUCCGACGAGUCUCCGUCACCUUCAUCUCCAGUAGCAGAUUCAUCGACAAGUUCUUGAAUGACAACUCCAAGUCGGACUUGGAACGAAUGGCGUCGCCCGACUUCUUCCCGGAGGUCGUUCGCUCGCUGGCCGACAAACAGCCGGCCAUUCAAUCCUCGUCGCAAGAGUGCGUUCUCCUACCGACGGUCGCGGCAUUCAACAGGAUGGACGCAGACCGACUCAGCAAUUCCAAAUCUCAUUCAUCCUCCUCGAACAAGUCGCUCGCGUCUGGAUCGAACUCGUCGUCGAAAACGGUGGCCACUCGUAUCUCCUCGGACGACAAUGCCCAGUCGCACCGGACUGCGGGCGCGGCAGUGGAAGCCGAGUCGCCAUACCUGAGGCCCUUGCGCACCUGCACGGUCCGAUCCAAGAUCAGUCUCGAGUCGUCGAAUAACUCGUCCGUCACAUCUUAUCCCGUCAAGACCAGGAGCACAAGAGAUGACGAAACGAUGCGCCAAGACACGGAAGCGAAUCGGUCGCUCGACUCUUCCUCAGCGGGCCAGAUCUACUCCGACUACUUUGUGGAGACUUCGUCGGUGCACAUUGGCGCGAGAUCGAGAGUUCUUGAUUUGCGCGCCACCGUCGCAUUCGACAGAGACGACGAGCAGCAGCAGCAGCAGCAGCCACCUUCGGGCUCGUCGUGUUUCAGGAGAGCAGUUAUCGAGUGCCGAGAUAUUCCGGUGGCCAGCACAUUGCCUCCAGUGCACACGCUGACAGACGCGGGGGCGCUGAAUUGCUCGAGGAAGAUCAUCGCUGCAGCUGCGCACCAGGAAGACCGAUCGGAAACUCCGGACAGUGCAGACGCGAAUUUUGCAGAGGAGCUUUCCAAAUGGCGGGACGUCGACGCUGCCGACGACCUUGCAGCACCGGACUUGAUGGGCAAUUUUUCCUCGAAGCCCAUGAUGAUGAUGAUGCUCAUGAAUCAAGCUCAUGCCGGCGCUGCUGAGGCCCACGAGAGGUCCGGCAGGUCUCCGCCCGCCGAGACCAGUGCCAACUCGUCGUCCGACUCCGGCAAGCAGAGGCCGUUGAGGCUGGACAGGCCCUUGAGCUCGUGCGGCAGUUCCGCGGCGCCCGUGCUCGAAAGGCCGUCGACUUGCACUUUUCCGCUCGACGGUCGUCGCAGCGGCUCGCUCUUCCGCAUCUGCACGAGCUCGACGGUCCAAGCCGAUCGUGCCAAUCCGUCUCCGACCAAGGGCAGGACCCGAGCGUUCCUCUCGGCCGAGAAGAAAUCGCUGGGCAAACUCUCGCGCGAGCACGAGCUCGAGGUCUCGAAGAAGAUUCUUCUGAAGCACAUGCGAAAAGCUUUCUUCUCCGUGUAUUGAUCGAUUGACCUUCCAUCCAUCCUUCCUUCCUUCAGCUGUUCACCUCCUGCCUAAAGCUCUAACUCCCUCGUUCACUUCAUCCAGACAUGUCUUCAAUUGUUGAUUUCGUGCAUUUCUCUGAUCUGAGGCAAGCCAGAAUCCGCACCUAGCUCGAGUGAUCGUGACGAGAAGAGAGAGAGAGAGAGAGAUUGCGAAAUAUUUGAAUUGUAAUCAUCUUCUCCCAUGCCGAUGACCGGAGCAGCAUGAGGAGAGACGAGGAUUAAAACAUGAAGAAACAUCGAAGUGAAACAGAGAUCCAAAUGCGUGCUUGUCAGAUGAGAUGAGAUGAGAUGAGAUGUUGCACAAUUCGUCGCGGAUGCCAAUUGUUCCUCGCAUCGGAAGACCAACACUCUAAAUGUCAUUAUUAGCGUCGUUGUCACACGCCGGCCUGACCGGCUGCAGUCGGUGAGGAUCAAUGGUUCGCAGGUUCGCCCCCGAACGUUUUACCCAAUGGAUUUGGAUCAUCCGACUUUUGACCCGGCACCGGCACUGCAUGUAAAUACUGUACGUUGAGAGUAGUCGAGAAUUUCAAUGCAAUGGAUUAGUACUAGAGAAUUUGUAUUGUAUUAUCAGCAGCUUCUUUCCCUCUUUCGAUUUCCUCAAGCUUAGCCCUUUAUUUCCUUCUCGCAGUCUAAACCCUCUCUCAAAAAUUGCUUGCUCUGGAAUAUGCCCCCCACACGGCCCGCGAUCUCCGGCCUGGAAUUACUUCUAUGAUGCGAGUAUAAAAAGUUGGGGUUCUAAAUGCGCAAGACCUCGAAAUGAACGUGCAUACAUAGAAGAACAUGCCACGGUU